CUCUGAUAAGACCCCUCCCCCUCCCUAAUAUCUGGACAUUUUGGCUUUAGCUGAAGUUUCUCUGAUGAGAUUCUGUAACCAGACAAUGAAAUCUGAGCUCCUCUGCCGCCAUCUACUGGUCAUAUAUCAGAUAACAUUCUGUAUGUAUGGAUUCUGCACAGUCCCACUUCUCCUGUCCCGGAUGCCGGGUGUCAUUCUCGAUAUCUCCUCUCAUUCUGUAUGUAUGGACUCUGCACAGUCCCACUUCUCCUGUCCUGGAUGCCGGGUGUCAUUUCUCGGUAUCUGUCCCCAUUCUGUAUGUAUGGACUCUGCACAGUCCCACUUCUCCUGUCCCGGAUGCCGGGUGUCAUUCUCGGUAUCUGUCCCCAUUCUGUAUGUAUGGCCUCUGCACAGUCCCACUUCUCCUGUCCUGGAUGCCGGGUGUCAUUCUCGGUAUCUGUCCCCAUUCUGUAUGUAUGGACUCUGCACAGUCCCACUUCUCCUGUCCUGGAUGCCGGGUGUCAUUCUCGGUAUCUGUCCCCAUUCUGUAUGUAUGGACUCUGCACAGUCCCACUUCUCCUGUCCCGGAUGCCGGGUGUCAUUCUCGGUAUCUGUCCCCAUUCUGUAUGUAUGGACUCUGCACAGUCCCACUUCUCCUGUCCUGGAUGCCGGGUGUCAUUCUCGGUAUCUGUCCCUAUUCUGUAUGUAUGGACUCUGCACAGUCCCACUUCUCCUGUCCCGGAUGCCGGGUGUCAUUCUCGGUAUCUGUCCCCAUUCUGUAUGUAUGGACUCUGCACAGUCCCACUUCUCCUGUCCU